UGUAUUGUGUAGAAUGAUUAUUCUGGUGCUGCCAUUUAAUUAAUCCUUUUUACUUUUAAACCCUUCAUCCCGCUGAAGUGGAAAUCAACACGAUAGCAAGUAGCAACCGUAAAUACAACUUUCAAUAAUGGAAAAAGACAUUUGUGUGGCUCACUAAAUGAACUGAUGGCUCUACAGCAGCAUGGAGCAGCAGCAGCAGUAUUGUGCCAAGGGCUUAAAAUCCGACAAAUUAUAGCGUGUUAUUUUCAUAAAUUCAAGCCUCUUAAAUAAUUUAAACUGAAUCAAAAGAACUUUAAUGUUGAAUCUUUGAGGCAUAAAUACAAACGAAUCAAUCUAAUCCAGUGGAUCUCAAACUUUUUAAGCCGCGAUCCUCUUCUAUAAUUUAGCAAGUCUCGCGCCCCACCUCAAAAAUAACUAUAGCUUACGAUAAGAUACAAAUAACGGAUAGUAAUGCGAAAGUAUGUUUUAUUCAAAAAAUGCGUUGAAAAUGCGCAGACGGAAAAUAAAUAUCCAAGGUAAAUAUUCAAAAUAGGGCGGGCAAAUCUAACGAAUAUUUUUAUUGUUAAUUAGCUUCACGCCCUCUCAAAAAAUUGUCUACUAGCCUCAAUUGUGGGCCGCACCUCACCGUUUGAGAACCACUGAUCUAAUCCUAUGUUCACCUUUACCCCUUACUUUUAACCUUUUUUCUUUACUUGCCUUUAACCAACUCACAGCUACAGAACCGCUUUGAAACUACCUGCCUUUUUUGACAAACACACAUUUUUACUGGGGAAGGGAAGCCGUGGGGAACCAAAUUUGGUUAUCGAGCAGCGACACCCAAAAGACAAGACAAGAGCAGAAGAGGCUGUGGUUUGCCAUAUGAUUGAGCCAUCUUUCCGGGAUUAAUAUGAAAAUGCUUUCCCAUAUCAUAGCAGUGCCCACAUGUCAGCAUGUUAUUGCAGUGAAGCGUUUUUCAAGAUAAAAUAGUAUUCACAUAUUUAUCCUGGCGAAGAGAUAACUCAAUUCUACGACUAUGGAUCAACUAUAUGGCGAACCACGGCCUCCUGUUCGGUUAUAUAUUAGUAUUAUAUAUCGGUUUUAUUAUACUUAAUGACACAUUUAAAUCGGUGAUUAAUUCAGUAAUUUGUCGUUACCAAUUUUGAAUGUAUUGAACAUCCAGGUCAUGACCGUUUCUGGAUGUUUAUACAAUGAUCCAAUAAUCACAUUAUGCGCACUGACUCACCAGCAUGUCACGAUUUACUUUCACUUUAUUUAGUCCUGUCAUGAAAUUGUUGUUUUCACGAAAAUAUUUGGAAUAGAUUGUAAUUAAUAUUAUGUUUAUCUAUGCAAGUUUUUUUAGCCAUUUUAUCCUCCAUAAAUAUGGCAUUUCGCUUCAGGUUUAAUAACCGAUUUGUUUGAUAAAUAUUCAUUAUGGGAGGUGAGGCAUCAACUGAUAGAAGGGAUAGAUAUGUCAGUCGGAGAGAAGUGGAGACAAGCUCAGCAGAGAAAGCUGAAUUUUUCGACAAACACAAAGGGGCGAUAACAGCUUCCAGUGCCGAUAAAAAGUCUUCAUUGUCCUCUAUUUCCAUGGAUGUACCUGUGGAGUAUGAGAAAAAGGGGGAGUUUCCACAGGAUGAACUGCAACAGUUGAAAAAAGAAUACAAUUUGACGAUGAGAGUACGGGAACAAAAGCAUAAAUAUAUGGAGAAAAAAAUAAAAAACUUAAUGCAAGAAAAAGAAGCAGUACUGAAAGAAAAACGAGACCUAAUGCAAGAAAGAGAAGCAGCGCUGGAAGCAAAACAACAUUCUGAUAAAAUGCUUCAAAUUUCUCAAAGGAUUCAGCAUGAAUAUGAAACCAUGAUGAAACUAGCAGGAAUAGAUAUUGAAGAUUUGAGAGAUAAUAUGAUCGGUUACACUGUUGGACCUGGUGGAGGCGCAAUCAAGCUAUUUUCAUAUGAAGUCAUUUUCCCCCAAAAUGCUGUUAAUAUUCCAAUUAGAACAAAAUUUUAUGUGUCAGAUGACAUUGACAAUCUUACUUUGCCUUCUGGUUUAAUACCUGUCUCACUCCCCCUACAUUGUGCGCCUGGAGGUUUAAAAUUCAAAUUUCCUGUGGUUUUUAAAAUGCCAAUUUGGUGUAGUAUAUCUAAAAAAUGCAAAAGACCAGUGCAACUUUACAUUUAUAAAAGGCAAAAGAGGGGACAAUGGCAGUAUUGUGAUGAGGUGUCUUUGACUGAUUCUGGCUUUGUUUCCUUCACCGCUGACAGUUUCUGUGAAAAGAUUCCUGCACUAAAUUCUAAAGAUCUGGAACUUGUAAAAUUUGACCUUUUAUAUUUUCUGUGCAAGGAUCAUUUGGGUAGUUUUGUAUCCGUUCAUUUUGUUUCUAGUGAUAAACUUGCAGAAAAGCUAAAAAGCGAAUGGAUUAAAACUGGCUAUAAAAUCAUUCAUCCUCCAUCUACAAAACUUACAGUCAAUCCUGGAGACGUACUCCCUGUUAAUUUAGAGAGUAAGGAACCCGAAAAGUAUAAAUUCGAAAGUGCGGGAAAAACUAUAUUAAAAGUCACAAUGGAGUUUUAUGAAAGAGAGCUAUACAAAGCUUUUUCAUUUCUAUUAGAUCCUGAAAAUCCAGGUUCUAAUAGCCUCAAAUUUGUUUAUUCUGUGGGAGAUGUACGACACCUCAAAAGAGCUCUUUAUCAAGAAAAAGAAUCUUCAGAACACAACUAUGACGACUCUCCCAAUCGAACUCCUGUCUUCAAAAAUAUCGUUCAAAUUCAUGGAGAUAUUAUGGUUGGAGCUGGCACCGUUUCCGGAGCUUCUGAUGCAAAUAAUGCCAGAAAUACUGAAGGAAGUCAAGCUGUUGGCAUCAGUAUCGAAGGAGGUGCAGAAAUCGAACAGAAGAGCCGAAGCCUGGAUGAGCAGCCUGCAACUUCACGUUCUGCAAGACCGAAGCAUCAGCAUAAGCAGGGGAAUUCAUCAUCAGGAGCAAGAUCUAAAACUACAGAAUCUCAGUCUUCAAGUCAAGCUACUUCAUCUGGUCUAAGAAUCAUCAACCAACAACCACCUCGUGGAAGAAUGUCAGUGGAUAUGUCGAGUGAACCACUGCCAGGAUAUGGAUGGAACACUCAUGCCAUCUCCUACUCAUUCCCUGCUGGAAGUCUGAAUGGUGUUUCAUAUGAGGCAAAGGAAUUCACUGAAUAUUUGCCUGACUACUUCCAUUCCACAACAGACUUGCUUCAGAAAGCAUUCAAUGCAGGAUUGCUCUUCAAGAUUCAGAUAAUUGGAAGCAACAGAGGAGAGAUAAUAUGGAAUGAUGAAAUUCCUCAUAAGACUAACAAAAAAGGAGGCCCAAAUAACAAUGGAUAUCCUGAUUCUAACCAUCAUAAAAAACUUCGUGAUGCAUUGAUAACAAAAUUUAAGGCAGCAUGAAUUAAAUAAUAACAAUAUAUGAUCAACAAUGGACGUUCAACACUAUCCGGACAAUACUAUAUUAAAACUCAUCCAUUGAUUUUGUAGUGUCAUUAUCAAGCAUUUCAUCAAGCCACUUAUAAUUAUUAUAAAGUUCGAACUGCAAUAUCAGUCAGAAUGACAGGACAUUUUAUAUAUCUCAAGGCAAUUUUCAAGAUAAAACAGCAAACUUUGGGGGUACAGUGGUAAAAAAUAAGUUUCCGUCAUUACCGGAACAGACCCCAAAUUGCCUGAACGGGGUGGAAAAUUCAUCUAAAUCUACCGGAACUACCUAUAGCUAUCUUGUAAAAGUUGUGUAGAAAUUGAAUACUAACAAUACAAAAUCAACAAUGGAUGUUGGACUCUACAUGGACAAUAUAAUAUUAGAACCCUUCCAUUGAUUUUAUAUUGUCAUUAUCAAGCAUUUCAUUAUGCCACUUACUGAAUAUUAUAAUGUUUGAUGAACUGCAAUAUCAGUCGGAUUUGACUCAACCUUUCGUUUUUAAAUCAAACUCUAUACUGUUAAUCAAGGUUAAUUAGUCAGAAUUUUCAAAACCAACAAUUUAUAUUUUCUCAGUUUUUCAUCGUUUUUAUCUGUUUCAUUCUUUUAUUGUUGAUCAACU